CCAUCCACCGCUAGGUGAGAGCAGUUGGACACACCCUGCAGGAGGGCUCACCCGUAGAGGGCUCGCCACACCACCACCAAGUAUUAAGAGGCGAGAGGUUGACGUACAAGCAGCUAGCUAGAGGUCGUUUCAGGGGAAAAGGAGAAGAGAAGACAAGAUGCAGGACUGGGCGCCGGUGUUCAUCUCGCUGGUGUUCUUCAUCCUGCUGUCGCCGGGCCUGCUGUUCCAGAUCCCCGGCAAGUGCCGGAUCAUCGAGUUCGGCAACUUCCACACCAGCGCGCUCUCCAUCCUCGUCCACUCCAUCCUCUUCUUCGCACUCAUCGCCAUCUUCCUCAUCGCCAUCGGCGUGCACAUGUACCUCGGGUCCUAGCUUGUAGCUUUUGUUAGCCUGAUGAUGCCUACCUGCCUGCCCGACGAUGGGGUGUUUGUCGAUCAGUUUGCAGCUCGAUCGUGUUCUUCUCUGCUAGUCGCCCAUCUCUAAUUAAGGGUUCUUUUUUUCUAUACACAUGUGUUGAAUAACAAUGUAUGUACCAUCCAUGUUCAUUUCUUUCUUCUUCUAAUAAUAAUAAUAAUAACAAAGUUCUUCAA